GGUCACUCCACAAAGAUGCCUGAGGAAACCCAGACCCAAGACCAACCCAUGGAGGAGGAGAAGGAGGAGGGAGACUUUCAGGCAGAAAUCGCCCAGUUGAUGUCCUUGAUCAUCAAUACUUUCUAUUCAAACAAAGAGAUCUUUCUGAGGGAGCUGAUUUCAAAUUCAUCAGGUGCUCUGGACAAGAUCAGAUACGAGAGUCUGACAGACCCUAGUAAACUAGACUCUGGGAAGGAGCUGCACAUUAAUCUUAUUCCCAACAAACAAGAUGGAACCCUUACUAUUGUGGAUACAGGAAUUGGAAUGACCAAGGCUGACCUGAUCAAUAACCUUGGUACUAUUGCCAAGUCUGGUACCAAAGCCUUUAUGGAGGCUUUGCAGGCUAGUGCAGAUAUCUCUAUGAUUGGCCAGUUUGGUGUUGGUUUUUACUCUGCAUAUUUGGUUGCUGAGAAAGUGACUGUGAUCACCAAACAUGAUGAUGAGCAGUAUGCCUGGGAAUCCUCAGCAGGGGGCUCAUUCACAGUGAGGACUGACACAGGUGAACCAAUGGGCCGUGGAACAAAGGUUAUCUUACACCUGAAAGAAGACCAAACCGAGUAUUUGGAGGAACGGAGAAUAAAGGAGAUUGUGAAGAAACAUUCUCAGUUUAUUGGCUCAAUUGGCUAUCCCAUUACUCUCUUCGUGGAGAAGGAACGUGAUAAGGAAGUCAGUGAUGAUGAAGCUGAAGAAAAAGAAGAUAAAGAGGAAGAGAAAGAAAAAGAAGAAAAGGAGUUGGAGGACAAGCCUGAAAUAGAAGAUGUUGGUUCUGAUGAAGAAGAAGAAAAGAAAGAUGGUGACAAGAAGAAGAUAAGAGAAAAGUACAUUGAUCAAGAAGAACUCAACAAAACAAAGCCUAUUUGGACCAGAAAUUCUGAUGACAUUACUAAUGAAGAAUAUGGAGGCGUCCCGCGUGGCCAGGAUCCGUGACGUUACAUGGCCAUGUAAGCGCGCAAU